GUUCAGUAACUAAAAGUCGCGUAGUCAGUGUGUGGUCGAUUCUGCUCUAUAGAAUGGAUAUGACGAUUAUUUACAGCCUGAUUUACUGUUUACUUGCAAACUUACUGAAAGUCCCGGUCGUAAACACAUUAGGGUCUAUUGUGCGUUUACGCAAUAGUUCAUCCACCACAGAGGGACGUGUCGAAGUGUAUCAUCACGGGGAAUGGGGUACAUUAUGUCAUGAGAAUUUUGACAUAAAUACAGCAUAUGUUGUGUGCAGGCAACUUGGGUUCUUCAGUGUUAAAAAUACCGUGAAUACCAGAAUCUUUGGUGCGGGUGAUGGUCCUAUCCUCUUCAACGAUUUAAAGUGCACUGGCUUAGAAGAAAAUGUGUUUGACUGUGAGUAUACAAACAUCUUAAAUAAGGAUUGUACACACAAUCAAGAUGCCGGUGUUCGAUGCAUCAGUAAGAAAAACACAGGAUUCCUGGGUUCGAGCAGUUCGAGUUAUAAGCCAAUCCGACUAGUUGAUGGAGAAAGUCCCCACGAAGGGCGAAUUGAAAUCCUACACGGUGACCAAUGGAGCACGAUUUGUGACGAUAAAUGGGAUUUCAAAGACGCACGGGUAGCUUGUCGGCAGCUAGGGUAUACUACUGCCCUCAAAAGUGUACCACGUGCAAGAUUUGGGCCCGGAAAAGGCAAGAUUCUGUUUGAUGAUACUUCUUGCACAGGAUACGAGAAAUACCUUAACGACUGUCCUCAUUCAGAGUACGGGGCACACGAUUGUAGUCACGGUGAAGACGCGGGCGUUGUAUGCGAUCAUGUGGCAGAAGAGGAAAUUGGCACAUGUCAACAAGAAAUUCGCGAAAUUUGA